GACCUGUACGCGUCCGACCAACGAAACGAGACAACGAAUAGAGCUACUAACGGUAGAAUGAAGAUGGAGGAUAAAACUGAGAGAGGAGAUGAACAGGGAAGAAGGAUGCUAAACGAGCCGGCCAACCACGUGACUAUCGGGCGGGGGUGGCAGGCGACAUUUCGCAUGCUCAGAACUCCACAGGCUGCAGCAUAUCGCACACCGAGCCGAUACGCUUCGCAGGGAAACAAUAGUGUUAACGUUUGUGAUAUAAAAAAUUUAUCAAAAGAGUCUGAAAAAACGCGUAUCGAGUGGAUGUAACCUCGAAAAAGAUCGACUACUGCUUUUCGUUUUGACCAAUUGCCUCGAAACAUACAUACUAUCCACGGAUUCCAUGGUUUCACCCUUCGCGCGGUACACGGAUAAAACUGUUUGGGAGAUGUUUUCUCGCGAGAUCAUCGACCAAACUCUUUCAAUUGCAUUACACUUGUAGUUUCUUUCGUGGAGUGAAUUUUUGGAUGGAUUUUUGUUGAUCAAAAAAUUAUUUCGCGUAUUGGAAAUAGUCGAUUGAUAGUGCAUCCGUCGGUUGUCAUGAUGUUCUCGUGGUCGUGGAAAGUGCGAGAAAAGUGAGAGGUUGUGUGCUUAAACCCCAAGUGCAUUACGUACACGCAUACAUACAAUAUAAGCAAAAGGAUGACGAUGCUACUAUUAGGAGAGAACCGAAUACAGCUUCCUUGAUCUACGAAUAAUUUGCGGCGAAGCACCCUCGUUCUUGGUCCAUGCUUUAACACCGGAUACAAGGCAGAGUGAUAUGUUAACCGAAGACAAUGAUCCAACGAAACCAGCAGGCGUUUUAGAUAAUGCUGGCAACGUGUCAUCGUCGACAGAGGCCUCGGUACAGCAUCCUCGAGCCGCAAACAAUGGCAGAGACAGAAGUCAAAAACGAGGUGCAAGAUUGUCCCGAAACCGACAGCGUGCCCAGCGGAGAAUUAUAUAUCGAUGAGAAUGCAGAGGAAAAGGAACAAGAAUAUCCGGAUUCUAUGGAAAAGGCAGAUUACAGUUCGUUGUACGGAGCCAAUCAAUAUUAUAACAGUUUAUACAACUCGCCACCCUAUGGGUCAACCACAACUGGAAAAAACACCUCAAGCUUGCAAAGUUCUUACCUGACCUCGUACACAACGCCAAGCUCCAUGACUCAAUACUCGUCUUACGCCACGUACAAUAGCGGCACCACAAAUUUUCCUAAUGUGGCUCAAAAUAUAUCACCAUCUUCACAGAAGUUAGAUUACAGCGCCUAUAGUAGCAGUUUAUAUGGAAAUGACAGGGUACCAUUACAGUAUUCCGGAUAUUAUCCUAUGCACAGUUACCAUGCAACACCCACCUCAUUUAACAUUGGAAACUUAAAUUUUGCUGAUUCAACAAAAUCUGCACUUACGUUGGACGCAACAACUCACGAUGCUAGCGAUCUUACCGCACGAGAAACCGCAAACAUCGAAGGUAACACGAUUCGAACGACAGCGAAACCUUGUAGACGCGGAAGACGCCAAAGCGGAAGUGGAAAUAGUAUAGGUUCUGCGGACACGACAGAAGCCGGUCCUGACCGGAUAUUCAUUUGGGAUCUAGAUGAAACCAUAGUUGUAUUUCACUCUCUACUUACUGGACAAUUUGCAACGAAGCACCGUAAGGAUCCGGCUCUUCUGGCCCAAGUGGCAUAUAGAAUGGAGGAGAUGAUAUUUAAUUUGGCCGAUACUCACUUUUUUUUCAAUGAUGUCGAGGACUGUGAUCAAGUGCACAUCGAUGAUGUAUCAUCAGAUGAUAAUGGACAAGAUUUAUCUUCUUAUAAUUUUGCCAAUGAUGGUUUCCAAUGUGCGUCUACAAACAAUGGUAUUUGCUUGGCUUCUGGUGUAAGAGGUGGUGUUGAUUGGAUGCGAAAACUAGCCUUUCGUUAUCGAAAAAUUAAAGAAAUCUAUAAUAAUUAUCGAAAUAAUGUUGGCGGUUUGUUGGGUGCUGCGAAACAAGAACAAUGGUUGCAACUUCGUUCAGAGAUCGAAGUAUUGACUGAUAAUUGGCUAACGUCUGCUGUAAAAUGUCUGAGUCUUAUAAAUAAAAGAAGUGACUGCAUUAACAUUCUAGUCACUACCACACAAUUAGUACCAGCUUUAUCGAAAGUAUUACUUUUUGGAAUUGGUGGAAUAUUUCCAAUUGAGAAUAUUUAUUCUGCUUCAAAAAUUGGAAAAGAAAGUUGCUUUGGAAGAGUAGUCGCGCGAUUUGGUCGAAGAUGUACGUAUGUGGUAAUAGGCGAUGAUACUGACGAAGAAACGGCAGCACGUGCCCACAAUUUUCCAUUUUGGAGAAUAAGUAGUCAUUCGGAUACACAGUCAUUGUAUAACGCCUUAGAAAUGGGAUUUCUUUAAACAAAAUACAUUUAUAAAAAAAGUAGGGUUAAGAAGAAUGGAAAGUUUCAAAAUAUGUCUAAAAUGAGAAAUAUCUUAGUUCGUUAAAUGGCAACUUAUAUAAAAUAUUUCUAUAUUCUCUACUAUCGAUAAUGAAAGUAAAAAAAAAAAAAAAAAAAAAAAAAGUAAAAAGAAACGUUUUUAUCAAGUGAACAUUUUAAACAUUCCUACUAUAUCGAUCGUAAAUUGAGGAUCGAUUGUUUCUCAAGAUCGCCAUAUACGAUUAUCGAUCAUAGUUAUUUAUCGAUCGUCAAAUGCGACCGAUCGGAGCAGGGUCCACAAGUGAUAUACAAUGAAAGUAAAAGAAAAAGACAAAAGUGAAAAUUAGAGAAUUAUAUAUAAUAUUAAUAUUUCUAAUUAAUUCCUGCACGUUUUCGACCGUGAAAAUUAAUUUGUUGAAAACUGUAUUAUCGUGUACUUAAACAUGUUGCUCUACAAAUGUACGUA